AUGGUAGGCCCAAAUAAAAUCCCAUUAGCGAGAUAUCUGUUCACCCGCCUGCGUCAACAAGGUGUGCAAGCUAUCCAUGGCGUGCCCGGCGACUUUACCCUCAAAGCACUAGACCAUGUGUCCCCUGCCGGGCUGAAAUGGAUUGGGACCUGCAACGAGCUCAACGCCGGCUAUGCCGCAGACGGAUAUGCUCGGGUCCACGGCCUCAGUACGAUCAUGACGACAUAUGGCGUGGGAGAGCUGUCCGCCAUCAACGCCAUCGCGGGCUCGUUCGCGGAAUGGGUCUCAGUGGUGAGCAUCGUGGGCACGCCUCAGCGGCGAUUACAGGACCACCGCAAGAACGUGCAUCACACGCUGGGCGAUGGACGGCCUCGAGUAUUUGCCGAGAUGGCGAGGCAUGUCACUGUCGCGCAGACGAAUCUUGUUGACGAGAGGACAGCGGCCGACGAGAUCGAUCGAGUCAUCGCCACCAGUCUGCGAGAGUCACGGCCUGUUUACGUGGAGUUGCCCGCGGACAUGGUUGGCAAGGAGAUUGACGCGGAGCGAUUGGAGGAGAGGCUCGACGUAGAGAAAGGCACCGCGAAUGAGGGUGAGGAAGAAAGACUGCGGGAAGAGGUGCUCGGCAGGAUUUACAGUGCAAGACAGCCGCUCUUGUUGGUCGACAGUGGAGGCGGUGUCCGACACUUGCGCGACGAGAUCAACGCCUUUGUCGAAAUCUCGGGGAUACCGACCCUGUGCAUGCCCUCCGGGAACAACAUGGUCGAUCACAUGCACACGAAUUUCUAUGGCGUGCACUCCGGCCCGGUGGGACAGAUCGAUACGAUGCCCUACGUCCGCGACACGGAUCUGGUCGUGGCAUUUGGGCCAAUGUUCUCCGACACACAGACGUUGUCGUGGAAAGUUGUGCCUGAAGGAGAGAAGAUGAUCACGCUGAACAAGAACUCCGUCCAGAUUCCCCGCUUCAAGAAGGGAGAGACGGCCGCGGAAAUCAACCUGAGCCGUUUCCUCCAAAGACUCACCAAGGAAUUCGACCGCUCGAGAGUCACCAGUCCCGAUGUGGGCUCCCUGGGCAACUUCCGCACUAUUCAACCACCUGCGUAUGCAAAACCUGGUGGCGUGAGCCUCGACGGUCCCAUAGACCAGACAUCCUUCUACCUCCGUCUCUCGGCCUACCUUCGACCUCACGACACCAUCAUCCUCGGCAACGCCACGCCAAUUCUGGGCGGGCGUGAUCUGGUCCUCCCGCCAAACGCGCAAAUCAUCGCCUCAGGCCAGUGGUUCUCCAUCGGCCAUAUGUUCCCGCUCUCCAUGGGCGUCUCACUCGCUCGUCAAUACCAAUGGCAAAACCAAGGACGUCCCGCCGGCCGGACGAUAUUACUGGAUGGGGACGGCGGAUUUCAGGUCACUGCGCAAGAACUCGGCACGGUCAUCCGAUAUCGUAUCCCGAUGACGAUUUUCUUGAUCAAUAAUGCAGGGUACGCUUACGAGAGACAGAUUCACGGCAUGCACGAGGAUUACAACGAUCUCGCGCCUUGGAGGUAUACAGAACUGGCCAGGGUUUUAGGGGCGAGUGAGGCUCAGCUGGCGGAGAGCAAACAAUCGCAGAACUGUAGGAGAGGACUGGAUUGCGAAGCAGGGAAAGGGGAGCCGUACACCGUGAGGAAUUAUAUCAUUCACACGUGGAGGGACCUGGAGAACCUGCUUGCCGACGAAGAGUUCUGUAAAGGGACAGGGUUGCAUUUUGUGGAUGUCAGGGUUGGGAAGUUUGAUGUGCCUGAGAAGUUCAGGGAUGUCUUUGAGAGAGCGGGCGAAGCACUGGGAAGUUGA